AUGUCGCUUCCAGCGUCGCACGAGCUUUUGACAUUCCUUGCCGAUCCCAAUCCGCAGGCACGUCAGGUGGCCAUGGCGAAUAUUGCUGGGUACAGCAAGCGCGAUCAUCCCCAGCGUUACCUACUAACCGAAAAGCUGAAAGAUGCGAGGGGCGAACCAGUUCACAUUUGGGAUGGCUCCGAGCUGGAUGUAUUGGAGCAGAUAAAGGAGCUGUGUCGCGAUCAGCCGCUUACCAUGCAUGAUGCACUGAGCGUGCUCAUAAAUCUGUCGGAUAGCCCUUCUGUGGCGCUGCGCAUCGCCGACCCUAAAUUUCUCUCGUUUUUGGUGAUGUACAUUGGCGACUCGAUAUCGCUUUUGGCUGACCUUGCGUGUAUAUUGGUAUCAAAUUUGACGAAAUAUGAGCCUGUUUGUACACGCCUAUUGGAUCUGCAAGUGGAAGACCGUCCAUUUUACUCUUUUUUUUCGCCAAAUGACUUGCAGUUAUCCUUGGGUGGCUUGGAUGCUGAUCCGUCCGAUCCACAAUUCGAGCAGAAAAAGGCAGCGUUCACUGCUGCAAGCCAGCGUUUGUCCAGCUCUGUUAAGACAACGGAGCAAGUAAAAGUCCCAGCACUGGUUAAACUACUUCGCGCGUUUGAGGAGGGCGCUUCAGUGGAAUCUAGCGAUGCGAGCGGGAGCAAUAUGCGCGAGCGGGUAGAGGCAACCCAGGGCGAGUCAGGGUCAAGGCCGCUUGCAUUAGAUGAGCAUGGGCGUCCUUACGUCAGGCGCAAGUCGCAUUGCAACUUUUUGGCAAGCGUAUUUGCCAACGUUACUGUGCUUUCCCGUGGCCGUGAGUUUUUCGUGCAGCCGAUUUUUGGCACGGAUAGAUCAUUGACGGAUGCGUACCCUGUGGGUCGCAUCAUGGUAUACACGGAGCAUGGCGACUUGAUCCGCCGCGGUGGUGUGAUUAGUGCUCUUAAAAACACUUUAUUUAUUAAGCAUGCCCACAAAACGUUGUUGGCUCCCUCGCCGAUUAUGAUACAAGAAGGAUACCCGAUGUCACCUGUGGAUAUAUUAGCAUAUAUUCUUAUGCCCUUAAUCGACGGCAAGGAGCUUGCCAAGGUGGAUUUGGAGGACCAAGAAGAAUUGCCGGAAACAUGCCAGCUGGUCGAUGAAAAUAAACCACGCGAGUCUGAUAUGGCGCUUCGUCUGAUGCUAAUUGAAUGUCUACUGUUAUUGUGUACGUCGCACUACGGUCGCGAAUCUCUCCGCGGGCGUGGCGCUUACGUGGUCGUUCGCGAGGCGCAUUUGGCAGAGCAGAAUGAAGAGGUUACAGAAGCUAUCACACGCUUUGUGAAUUUGCUCAAGCGUGACGAGACGGAGGAGACAAAAAGGGACGGAGUUGAUCUCGUGCCUACAGACGACGUCGAAGAAAACGAAGAGGCAGACAUUCGGUUGGAGGAGCUGUGA